AUGUAUAAGAUGGAUUACUCCUACCUGAACUCCUAUGACUCCUGCAUGGCGGCCAUGGAAGCGUCGGCCUACGCGGACUUCAGCUCGUGCAGCCAGGCCAGCUCCUUUCAAUACAACCCGAUCCGCAGCGGACCGUUCUCCAACCCGGGCUGCACCCCGCUCAGCACGGCCAGCUGCACCCUGGGAGCCCUGCGAGAGCACCAGCCCACACCUUACUCCUCAGUCCCUUACAAGUUUUUCUCGGACCCCUCCGGCCUGAACGAGAAAAGGAAGCAGCGGCGCAUCAGGACCACCUUCACCAGCUCCCAGCUGAAGGAGCUGGAGCGGGUCUUUGCCGAGACUCACUACCCGGACAUCUACACGCGAGAGGAGCUCGCGCUGAAGAUAGACCUGACCGAGGCGCGGGUACAAGUGUGGUUUCAGAACAGGCGUGCCAAGUUUCGUAAGCAGGAGCGUGCAGCCAACGCCAAAGCCAACAGCUCUGGUGGCACCACGGGCAGCAGCUCCAGCAGCAGCUCUGGGGGGAAGAAGGGCGGAGAGCUGAGAUCUUCAUCUGACGACGAUGAGUCCAAAGAAUCCACCUGCAGCCCCACACCUGACAGCACGGCCUCCCUGCCGGGCUCGGCCAAUGGAAACCUGGGCAGCCCAGCCAGCCUGAGCCCCAGCCCGGCCCCUGCUAACAACGUCUACGUCAACACCUCCAACUCUCCGGUCCUCCAGGGGCUGAAGCCGCCCAGUUGGUCCAGCCUGGGGCCGUCCAACCCGGCCGUGGCCCAGCCUGCUGCCCAGACUCAGGAGAUUCUGAAGGCCUGGCAGCCGGCGGACAGUAUGACCGGGCCCUUUGCUGGAGUCCUGUCCUCCUUCCACAGAAAACCCAACCCCACCAUCAAGACGAACCUGUUCUGA